CACAUUCACAUAUUCCCGCACCGCCACCCUUCAGGUCUUAUUUAUACACAUAUUUUUUUGACCGCCCACACUUGUCUCUGCAUCCCACUUGAUUUUUGAUCCUUUCCCUUUCACCGCCUGCCAACCCCCCUCCCUUCGUCAUGUACAUCCCAGUUACCGCUCCGGCCCGCUCCUCGGGCAUGGUCUACAGCCGCGAAUCGCCUCGGUUCUCAAAGUUCUACCACCCGUCGGCCUCGGCCGCGCCUGUCCCGCUCCGGUUUCCGGUCUCGGCCUUGUACUCGCAGGACGAGCUGAUUGUGGCCAAGCCGCCAGACCUCGAGAGCAUCCGCACGCUGUCGCAGAUCUGCUCCAUCAUGAUCUAUCACAUCUGGGACGAUGACACCUCGGGCGCUCCUCCCUCUGCCGCCCAGCUCAAGCGGCAACAGGGCUUCCAGACCUUCUGCGAGCGUACGCUCAAGGACACCGAGUCGCUCCCGGUCCUGGCCCUGGCUGCCCUCAAGUAUAUUGAGCGGCUCCGGGCCCUGAAUCCCUACGUCCGUGGCGAGCCCGGCUUUGAGAAUCGCAUCUUUAUUGUCGCCCUGAUGCUGGCGCACAAGGUCUUUGAAGACUGGUGCCCGGCUGCCAGCCACUGGGCACGUCUGGCCUCGCUCGAUCUCGCGGGUCUCCGAGCCAUGGAGCUGGAGUUCCUCUUUGGCCUCAAGUUCGAGCUGUUCAUGUCCCCCUCGGAACUGGCGGCCUGGCAGUCGGAUGUCGAAGAGACCCUUGUGGCUUACGAGCGCGGCCCCAGCUACAUCCAACGCUUCCAGACCGGAUCCGCUGCCAUGUCCAUGUCGCCGUCCAAGACCGAGUGCGGCCUGGGCUCGUCGCUCCGCUGUGCGGGCUCGGCAUCGGCGGACCUGGUCGACGGCGACGCCUUUGAUUACUUCAAGCGACGCGCCUACUUUUGACGGCCGCAACACCUCGGCGACACCUCGGCGACACAUGGCGUGCUUGCUGCUCCUCGCGGAUCGGCUUCGAAUCCAGGGUGUUCUCACCACCCGUCUGUGCUCUCCUCCUCCAAAUCCUCAGAGUUAGACCCUGCAACUGACCCGUCGGCUCACGUUCUUCUA